UCAUAGAACCAAGUUACAUCCGUAACUUGCGUUACUGAGAAAUACUGGGCAAACGUUACCUCGCUAUAGUUAGUUGGCUUACGAUGCGAGUUGGAGCUAGGAGGGGAUUUCAGACAGCCGGGUCAAAACAGUGUAGCAAUAGCCAAGUGGAACAACAUCGGAAAAUAAGUAGGCUACCUGUGGAAAAGGCAAAGGAUUGGAACCAAAUGGAUAGCUAACGUAGUAGCCAGUUUAGCUAUUGUUUUCAGUGUGAUUUUUAAAGAAGAAUCAAGCACAAUGCCUUGCUCCGGAAAAUUGAUUUGGGACGUAAGCAAUCGCUCCAUCGGGUGUAACGAACGAAAUGCUGUCCGGAGUAACUAUUUGGGAAGAAGAGAAUUUGUUCAAAGACUCAAACUUGAAGCUACACUCAAUGUACAUGAUGGCUGUGUAAACACAAUAUGUUGGAAUGAUACUGGAGAGUACAUCCUCUCUGGAUCUGACGAUACAAAUUUAGUCAUCUCAAACCCUUACAACAGAAAGCAGGUGAAAGCAACCAUUCGGUCGGGACACCGGGCAAACAUCUUCAGUGCAAAGUUUAUGCCGUGCACCAGCGAUCAGCAGAUAGUGUCCUGCUCAGGAGAUGGCGUCAUCUACUACACCAACACGGAGAAGAGCUCUGAGCUCAACAAACAGUGCCAAUUCACCUGCCACUACGGCACAGCCUAUGAGAUCAUGACCGUGCCGAAUGACCCGUACACCUUCCUGUCAUGCGGGGAAGAUGGCACAGUCCGGUGGUUUGAUGUCCGGACGAAAACUAGCUGCACAAAAGAAAACUGCAAAGAUGACAUUCUCAUCAACUGCCGGCGGGCCGCUACCUCGAUAUCGAUCUGCCCCCUGGUACCCUAUUACCUGGCUGUCGGGUGCUCAGACAGCUCGGUGAGAAUCUAUGACAGACGAAUGCUGGGAACCAGAGCAACCGGGAAUUACACAGGGCGCGGGAUGAUGGGCAUGUGCACGCGUUUUGUGCCGACGCACCUGUCCAGCAAGUCUUGUCGCGUAACCUCGCUGUGCUACAGUGGAGACAGCCGGGAGAUCCUGGUCAGCUACUCCUCAGACUACAUCUACCUGUUCGACCCCAAAGAUGACCUGGCCCGGGAGCUCAAGGGACCAUCUGAGGAGAGGAGAGAAGAGCUGCGUCAGCCGCCUGUUAAACGGCUGAGACUGCGAGGAGACUGGUCUGACACAGGACCCCGAGCUCGGCCCGAGAGCGAGAGAGAGAGAGACGGAGAACAAGGUCCCAACGUAUCCCUGAUGCAGAGAAUGUCAGAUAUGUUGUCUCGCUGGUUUGAGGAGGCCAGCGAAGCCCAGAGCAGCAGGGGCCGUCCGCAAACUCGUCCCAGGGGUGCUGCAGUUCCACCAGCAGGGGCUGCCGCUACCCUGGAGCCCACCCCUCAGGAACUCAUUCCGCCCACCCUAGGGCCAGUGGAGACGGAGGCUCCUACCGAGCCCCUCCCCAAAUCAUCAUCAUCAUCAUCAUCAUCAUCAUCACCACCCUCUGCCUCUGCCUCCACUGCGACCAUGACUGCUAUGCGCCCCUCCACGUCCUCUUCCUCAGAGAGCUCCGCAUCCACCUCCACAACCCAGGAGAACCCCACCUCCUCCUCUUCCCAGUCCUCUGAUAUCAAAAGCCAGGAUGUCUCUUCUGCCACGCCUGCCUCCCAAACGCAGUCUGUAGGUUCUGUGGGUGGGGCAGUGAGCUCUAGCAGUGGGUUGCCGUGCAGCGGGAGGCCCAGUACAGGAGAACCUGUCCUCAGCCUACACUACAGCACAGAGGGAACCACCACCAGCACCAUCAAACUGAACUUCACAGAUGAAUGGAGCAGCAGGCCCUCCAGUUCCAGGCCAGCUGAGGUGGGGCCCAGCCAGACACUGCUGGCUCCUGAGAGCUUAGAGCCAGCUGCGAUCUCGUCGGAACCUGUCAGGCAGAGUGGUUCAGGUCAAGAAGGCAGAAGUGUCCAGAGUGGCCAGAGCAGGCCGGUAGAAGCCUCCGGUUCUUUGGCCCAAAAUGUGGCCGAGGCCACACCCGCUCCCCACACACCCACACCCACACCCACACCCACUGCGGCGGGCCCCGUGGGAGCCGCUUCAGGGAGUACCCGCACCAACCACGACUCAGACGACAGUGACGACGACCCCAUUCUCAUACCCGCCACCAGGUACCGCGCAGGACAGGGGCAGAGAUUUAAUUUCAGAGGAUCAGCAGUAGGAGAGAGACUUAUAAGGCGUUCCGCGGCCGCUCGGAUCCAGGAGCUUUUCCGCCGGAGAAAAGAGAGGAGGGAGAUGGAGGAGAGCGAGACCCAGAACAUCCGUAGGCCCUCCAUCAAAAUGGCCUACAAGGGCCACCGUAACUCUAGGACAAUGAUUAAAGAGUCCUGUUUUUGGGGGGACAACUUUGUCAUGAGUGGCUCGGACUGUGGGCACAUCUUCAUAUGGGACCGGCGCACAGCUGAACACCUGAUGCUCCUGGAGGCUGACAACCACGUGGUCAACUGUCUGCAACCCCACCCCUAUGAUCCCAUUCUUGCCUCUUCUGGAAUAGACUACAAUAUCAAGAUCUGGUCCCCGCUUGAACAGUCACCAUCAUUUAACAGGGUUCUUGCUGACGAGGUGAUUACACGCAAUGAGCUGAUGCUAGAGGAGACAAGGAACACAAUCACCGUCCCUGCUUCAUUCAUGCUGCGAAUGCUGGCCUCCCUCAAUCACAUCAGGGCAGAUCGAUUGGAAGGAGAUCGCUCGGAAGGUUCCGGACAGGAGAACGAGGACGAGCAGUAGUAAAUAGUCUGUCUUUUUAUUAUUUAUUUUGCUAUGUCACUUUUUUUCCCCCCCAUCUCUUACCAUGAGUGCAAUUUUUCAUGUUUUUUUUUUUAUUUUAUGGUUUGCAUCUGGGACUAAUACGUGUGAAUGCAAUCAAGGCAAUAUAAAAUAAUAUGGAAUGUAUGAUGCUUCAGGGUGUUCAACGUGCAAUAUUUUUUUCAAGAGCAAAUGUUUUAAACUGGAUCAGUGUUAAGGUGCAAGCUUUUUUUCCAUGUGAAACUCAUGUUUGCAUACAUGAAGUUAUGCUUGUAAACAGGUUUUUCCACUCUGCUUUCAGUAAACAUUUUUUUCAUUUUGAAACUACUUGCCUGCUUUUUCACAAAGUAUGCUUAAAGGUACAAUAGGUAAUUUCGGACUCCUAAUGGUCAAGAGAGGAAUUGCAGCAACAAACAACCUCAAACCUAUGAAUAUAACAGGUAAUAUAAAGCGUUAUCAUACAGUUCAUUGUUCUCGUGCACUGUUUUGGAAAGCUGACAGUGACAAACGCAACAGAGCCUGUUGUCUUUUCAUAGUGUUUGCCAAAGAGGUGACUUCAUGAAAAGUUGACUUUGGUGUGCUACACAAUACUAUUUAUAUUUUUAAGUUUUCACUUUAGCUAACCAACUAUAUUAUGAGCAAGCAAGUUAUUUGGCUAUGUAACUAGCUGGCUAUAUAACUAAGAUAUGAUAGUCUACCACCAACGAUGCAAUUGUAACAGUUUGAGAGAAAUACAGGUUUAGCUAAACACGGAUGAUUGAACACGUAGAGAUAAAAGGAAUGUGUAGCUGCCCAAAUUGCACUCCAGACAAGACUGAAACUCUGUAUACUAUUGCUUAUCAAGUUAGAAAGCAAUACCAGUUCGCUAUCAGUAACAACAAGCAAAUUAGCUAUUACUAGCUAUAACUUCCCAAAUUUACAAAUAUCCACCUGAGGCACAAAGCUUGUGCUACUAUGUUCGUAUUGCCUCAGGUGGAUAUUUGUAAAUUUGUCAAGCUAACUAUAGCUAAUUUGCUUGUCACUACCAAUAACGAACUGGCAUUGUUUUAUGUAUAUAUAUGUAGUCUUUGUUUGGAUAAUAAGCAAUGGUAUACAGAGUUUCAGUGAUCGCUUGUCUGGAGUGCAAUUUGGGCAGCUAACAAUGAGAAUAAGCCCCCACACCAUUGGCUGUGGCAGUUAGAACCAAUUUUCAACCAAUGAGCUUGAAUUACUGUACAGCUGUAUUGUGUACAGCUGUAAUGUUUUGGUACAGAGCGACGGCCCGUAUAUUUUGAAACCUGAAUUUAAGGACUAUAAACACAGGCAGAGGGUGAGUCAACAUGUCAGUGAGCCUUUUUCCAUGACUUGAAGGGAUUUACAAUGGGGUUGUAACAAUAUUUUAACACAAAACUCUUACCUAUUGUACCUUUACAAAAUUCGAAUGCGUUUCUGUUACUACAAAUACUUUUUCCUGUACCUUUACCCAAAUUUCAGGAAAUGGUUUUAUUUGCAUCGUCUUUGACUGUUGACUUUUGGUGAUCAGCAUUGCUCAUCACAACAGAAGAUGGCAAACCAUUUAUAAAGAGUUCUUAUCCAGAGCAAUUUCCACAAUACACAUUUUUGUUCAUUUAUUUUUUUUAACAUACAGUCCAUUUAUACAGAUGGAUAUUUCUCUUAAUUUAUGUUAAGUACCUUGCUCAAGGGAAAUCACACCCGCAACUUUUGAUUUGCAUGUUCCAAAACCUUUUUACUGCACUGCCAGCCUUACUCCUUGCCAAAGUACCGUAUGAGUGAAGAACCGUGAUUAUAUGGACAAAUAAAAGGAUUGAGUGCUUUGUAUUUUUCAA